GUGUUAAUUGUUACAAGAUAGUUGUCAGAAACGAAUGUUUGACGGGAUGCGAGGCACCUUAAACGGAGGAGGUCUCGGGUGUAUGGAUCAACCACUGUCUGUUGGGCCAUACAGGUAUGUUACGCCCCCCCCCCCCCCUCCCUUUUUUGUUUCUUUUUAACCCCUCCGCGAAGAAGCUACAGGCUUACGUAUUUAUAGAACCAAGGGGCAAGGGGGAGUCGCAGCACUCCGCCCGCGGUGAACUGGGCCAGAAACGGAGGGCGCGCCGGACUAUAACCAGCUCUUGCGGCUUUCCCCGCGCUACAGUUUAGCCAAAACUUCACUACUGAGAGCGGACUCUGCUCUCUCGAAAGAAACACCCCGAUUGUUUAUGACUGUUUCGUGUUGUUCAAAAGUUGUGUUUCCAACUCUGGAUUAUUUGAUGUGCUGUGAAGUUGAAGUUUAGGCCUAAGACUUUUCGGUGUAGCCACAGUAAAUCAUCAUGGGUAAUAAGUGCUGCGGAGGAGGGAAUUCUCUCAAAGGCAAAGAAGACGUCGUGAGUCCAGCUCUUUUAGCCAUACGGGAGGCCCAACGGAAAUAUUUCAACAGCCAUAUCGAGAGUGACGUUGACGACAGCGAAGAAGACAAUGAAGACAGCACCGACGGGCUUUAUGGCUCCAUGGGCAGUCUUGACACAGACUCUGUUGACGGCCUCCUUAUGGACGACUCGCAAACCAGUACCGGAGCUUCUGGGAACGCCCAAACGCCCCUUAGCAACGGCUCCGUGGCUUCCGGAAGUAAUGGUGUUGGAAACGGAAGUGCAGAAAGUGGCACCGUUGUCAAGGAGUCUAAAUCUACUGUAAAAAAGAGAAGGGCAAGGGCGAAGUUGAUCAGACUAAGCAAACGUGGGAACUUCUUCUCCAUCUUGAAUACAGAGGAUAAGAGAGCCAGAGCUGUGAACCCUGUAAUGUAUGACUACCCCUUUGAAAAUGUUGUGUUCGAAGGAGGAGGAAAUAAAGGCCUGGCUUACUGUGGCUGUGUUCGGCUGCUCGAGGAGCUGAACGUCUGGCCUCAGAUCAAACGUCUGGCUGGCACGAGUGCUGGUGCAAUGACUGCUGCUCUGCUAGCUGUGGGGUACGACUCACACGACCUGGAGAAGUUUUUCAGCUUGAAUCUCAACGACAUUUUCUUGGAUCAUAAGUUUGGGUACCUGAGUCUUUUGCCGAACUUGCUGUCAUCAUACGGCUGGAACCCCGGCAAGAAGAUUUACAAAUGGUUUGGACAAAAACUUGAGCAUAAGACGGGCAAUCCAGAUGUUACAUUCAAACAGGUGCAUGAUAUGUUUGACAGAGAGCUUUGCAUUGUUGUCACCAACCUUAACCAGAUGACAUCAUUGUACUGCCAUCCAAAAACCACUCCUGAGAUGCCUGUGAGGCUUGCAGUGCGCAUGUCUAUGAGUAUCCCAGGAAUGUUCCAGGCUGUCAAGCACACUGUCUAUGGUCAAACUGAUGUGUUUGUUGAUGGGGGUGUCUUGUGCAACUACCCAAUCCACUGCUUCGAUGGGUGGUGGCUAUCCACGGAACCUGAAGACAGUUUCUUGGAAAAGCUUCAACCUUUGGAGGACAUACCAAGACUGCUGGAGAGAACUGAAAGAUUCGGAACUUAUAACGAGAAGACUUUGGGUUUGCAGCUGUAUGCUGACAAUGAGCAAGACCUUCUCAAGUACCAAUUAGAGAACCUGAGACAUGGAGUUCAGUUGCAAGAUCUUCCUAACACCAAGUUGGCACGUGAGAAGAUCAAGAAGAAAAAGCUGCAGGUGAAGACAGACCGUGAACACAGGCGUCUUGUAAAAGCAAUGAAUGCAUUUCUAAGGUCUUUGAGGAAACACAACGCAGACAAGAACGACACAAUAGACAGAGAAGAGCUGGAAGCAGCCCUUCAAGAUGAGGAAUAUUUUCCCAAGAAACGGAGACUGAUCCUGUUUGGGGAUGUUGGCAGUGACAUCAUACUCGACCAUCUGGAUAAAGACCACAAUGGACAGAUCAGCUACAAUGAGCUGGUCAAGUUUAUGGAAGAGACUGGAAUCAGUAUGCAGAAUCGCUUUUUGGGAUAUCAGAGACGGAUCAUCAAGAACUUUCCCACAUUUCUGGACACACUUCAGGCUACUCUACUGACCAACGUGAAACGUGUUUAUGUCAAGGACACAGACCUGAAAAGAACUGUAGGCAUCAACACCGGUCAUGUGGGAACUUCCGAUUUUGUACUGGAACCAGCAGACAUUGAGUUUGUCCUUGAGCGUGGACGGCGCUCAUUAGAAGCAUUCCUCAAAUAUUACGUGGCAUCAAACAAUCUUAAAAAGAAACCAGAGUUCAGAAAGAUGAAGGACGAUGGCCGCAAAGACUCAAAAGCCUCUGUGAUUUCAGUUGCUAGUAGUGACAUUAAUGCUAAUGGCACUGAUUCUGUUCCGACACCCGAGUACCCUGAAACAAUAGUAGAGUCAUCAGAUGUGUUGCCCAUUGUAAAUGAUCCUUCUGAGGAAAGAGAAGCAGCAUCUCCCAAAGUUGUCAACUCUAAAAAUUCAGCAAUGCGAACAAAAUCCGCCUCGUCAGGGAAAAGUGUUUGCAUUUCAGACAAAGUGCAAGUGUUGUAUGAUAUGGAUGAAGAUUUGUUUUCGAACAAUUUUGAAAAGCACGUGGGUGAGGGUGAAGAAGGAAAAGAAGAAGAAGAUUCUCGAGAAACAGAAGAGGAAGAUAAUGAUGAUUCUGAUGGUGAGACCAUUUUCCUCCUUCAGGCAAAAGAAGCUGCAAGUGGUAGCAGUGGAAGACCUAAAAGUUUACCAGCUAAUGUGACUGGUUCUGCUUCUCAUAGGUCAAUGGUACCACCCAGUUCUCCACAAACUGGAAAGCCUGGGAAGAAAAAACCUGAGGCCAGACAUUCAUCACUGAAAUCUCCUGUUCAGGUGGACGUUUUGGUCCAUAAACCAGCUGCUGACAAAUCAGAAACGCCCUCCACUCCUCUCCUUGAUGACACACACGAAGAGAGUUUUGAAUUAUCGGCUGUUGAAUACAAGUGACAACUGAAGUCUGUUUAUGAUGUAGGGCCUACACAUUGUGUUGUGAAACAGACUGUAUCGUGUAAGAUACUGUACUUAAGCUGACAAUCUGUAAUGCUUUGCGGAGUCCUGUCCAUUGUUGAAAGCUCUGCAAGGUAAAUCACAAGCCCAUGACAUGUACUGACCAAGAGUGAUUUCCAAACUAUUGACCCAAAAUAUGAUAAACUAGUAUACCUUUUGUGAAGAAGAUGUUAUGCUAGACCUAACAUUUUUAUGCUCAUUUGAUUGGGUUGGUGCUGUUCCUCAAAUCUCCAUGACAUUGACGAGCAUUUAGCUGUUCACAACUAUAGGUGUACUAAGAUGUACUAGUAGGAGAUGGAUUAAGACAAAACAAAUAAGGUUGUAUUUUGCUCAGUUAGUUUAAUAAGAGUUUUACAGCGCUUGCAACUGCUGAAAGUUCUAAUGAGCGCACUUAUUAUACUCUGUAUUUUACUCAGUAAACAUGUGAAAAUGGAUCAUUUAUACAACUCCGGAAAGGACACUCGAUGCAGAUCUAUUGAAGUAGAUAAGUUACAAUACAAUAAUAAUAUUUCAAUGAAAUCCCAUUGUGACCAUUCCGUUUUUAUUGGGAUUCAGAGGUAGGUUAAACAAAGUCACACGCUUAUGCUUGUAACAGUGAUAAUUUUCACUCUCACUUUCAUAUUGAUGUUUUGCUCCAUGAAUUCUGUCAUGAAAAAUGUAUCUCUGUAUUCUCCCUCAAUCUCACAUUCAUGGGGCUCAAUGUGAAUCAGUAUGUCUGGGCUGAUUAUGCCUUUCUAGUGACCUCUUGAUGAUUGUGAAGUGGCCAUAGUAAACCGAAUAUGAAUAUUGUUAUUUGAUAAAUAGCUUGUAGCUAUUUUUGGUCUCCAAUGAUGCCAUGAACUUGUAAAGAAAUGUCAGGAUUAUAAGUUGGGAAAGAAGGAAAAGGAAUGUUUAUAGGCCAGCUAUUAUAUAAGUUGGAUGGAUGGAUUGUUAUUGCAGUGAAAGUUGAAUGAAACCUGUUGUGCAAGUAGUGCGAACAAUUUCUCCUUGUCCACUACCAUACUUGCAUAUUUGCCAGUACCAUUCAAAUUUUAAAAGUGAGAUACAAUGCAAUUGUAAUAGAGAUAUAGGUGAGUAGUGCAAGGGACAUGAGUGGUGAUGCAAGAAAGAGGAUUUGUAAAUUGGUGAGUGAAAGAGAAAGAGGGGGUGUGAAGAGAGAGAGAGAGAGAGAGAGAG